AUGCCACAUGGGUCAAGUUUCAGAUUCAUCCCUUUCUGUUUAUUGGUAAUUAUGCCAAAGAUGGAGGAAGUUUCCCCUGAAGGAAUGAUGAGAUCAUUUGCAAUGCUCUUUCUGGCUGGUAGCUUGGAACUAAAUGCCCUGCUCCUCUUACUGUGUACCAUGGUCUCCAAGCAGUCUCUACUGGAAGCUUCAACUUGUUCACUGAGUAUCUUGAAGAUGUUACUGGGACCCGUCCAUCUGUGUCACCACUGCCAAUUCAUCAUGGAUCAAAUGUAA